AUGGGACAGCUCACCAGAAAGAGAAUUAUAGUGGCCAUAACCGGCGCGACCGGCGCCGCCAUAGGAAUUCACAUGCUCUCAAUCCUUCGUCGCCUUAACGUCGAAACCCAUCUCAUCAUUAGCAAAUGGGCAGCGGAGACGAUCAAAUAUGAGACCGACUACACACCAGCAGCCGUUCGCGCUCUCGCAGACCACGCCUACAACUCAUGCGACCUAGCAGCGCCGAUAGCAAGCGGCUCGUACCACGUCGACGGCAUGAUUGUCGCACCAUGCUCUGUCAAAACACUGGCAGCCAUUAACGCAGGCAUCUGCGACGAUCUCAUCACGCGUGCUGCCGAUGUGUGCUUGAAGGAGCGGCGAAGGGUCGUCUUGUCGGUUAGAGAGACGCCACUAAGUGAGAUUCACUUGAGGAAUAUGAUGGAGGUUACUCGCGCAGGGGCCAUCAUCGCGCCGCCCGUGGUUGGCUUUUACACGAAACCGAGUUCGGUUGAUGAUAUCUUGAAUCAGAUGCUGGGAAUUUUGAGAGAUGGGAAGGAAUGA